AUGGAGCGCCACAAAUGCAAGUUCUGUUCCAGAACAUUCGCCAAUGGCAGAGCCCUCGGUGGCCACAUGAAGGCUCACUUAGCCACCCUUCCUCUUCCACCCAAACCCCAAAGUCUCCCUCACUCUCUAAAUUCUUUCUCGUCCAAUUCCUCCUCACGUCAAGAGUUCGAAGAUGAUGAAGGAGAAGAAAAGGCUCUGAUCAACUAUGCGUUGCGAGAGAAUCCCAAGAAAUGUUACAGGCUCGCAGAUCCCGAGUUCGACUCGGGCUCUGUCGUGCAAGACAGGGAGAGCGAGACCGAGUCAAAGAACCCAACUCGCCGACGAUCCAAGCGAGCCCGCAGGCCCGCCAAUUCCCAGUCCAUAGCCCGGCCUAAACUCAGCUUCAUGGAAUCCCCCGAGCCUUUGAGCUCCGUCUCCGACACUUCCCCUGAGGAAGAUGUGGCCAUGUGUCUCAUGAUGCUAUCCAGGGACCGGUGGAGCAAGAGCACCAACGUUGUUGUCGACAACCAUGUCGUCGAAGACGAAGAAGAGAGAUCAGUGGAAGAGAUCAAUGUCAGGAUAGUUCGCAGGAAGCACCAAUGCCAGAGUUGCGAGAAGACGUUUCGAUCUUCACGCGCAUUGGGCAGUCACCGCAGCAUUUGCGAAGGGUCGGGUAACGAAAGUAAAAUCUUCGAAUGCCCCUUCUGUUCUAGGGUGUUUGGGUCUGGUCAAGCACUCGGUGGCCACAAGAGAUCUCACCUCGUACCUUCUUCCUCGUCAACCGCGAAUGAUUCCAUUAGGCUCAAAGAGAGUUUCAUAGAUCUCAACUUGCCUGCUCCAACCGAAGAAGACGACAUCAGUGUUGUUUCUGAUGCCCAAUUUGAUGAUUAA